UGUUAACUUUAAACACGUGACUAUUACGAAAUCACGUCUGAGGCGGAAGAGCUAUAACCGUAUAAGGGCACCGAGGGGUGGCAGAGGAGACAGAGACCUGCACAAGAAUAAUAACCACAGCCACAAUGGAUCGAGUGAGGUCUGCAUUUAACAACAUGAUUAAAAGUGAGCGGUAUAGCAGGUUCACCCUGCAGCCGGCAGAGGACGGAGAAAGACACGUCGAGGUCAAACUGUCCGACGAUGCCACAGAUGACGCCAUGGAGGUCGAGGGCCAGGCUGGGGGCUCGCCGAGCUUCAGGCCAGCACCUCUCCAUCAAAACCGCCGUCAUCUUUUCUAUGUGGUCCUGGUAACACUGCUGAUAUUUGUCACUGGCUACCUGGUUGGUUACGUCAGCCACAGGAAACCUCAGGUGGAGCCGGUGAACCCAGUGUCGGAGAACGAAAAUCGUCUGCAGGCGACACCGACUGAUUAUGCACCAUCUCCGGAAAUUCAGCUGGACUGGAAGGACGUCACCCAACUCCUCUCACAGAAACUCACCAGCAAGGCCUUUGAAAAGACUCUGAGGGAUUUUAAUCUGCCCAGACGUUCAGCAGGAAGUGCAGAAGAUAUGAAUCAGGCAAAUCGCAUUUUUGAUGAAUUCAAGAAGCUGGAAAUGGACCCAUGGAGUGACAUCCACUAUGUUCAGCUGCAGAUGCCAGACAGUAAUCGCCCAAACCGUGUUCUUUUUGGGUCAGAUGUCUUCAAGCCCGCAGGGUAUUUGGCCUACAGUGCUACUGGGAAAGUUGAGGGAAAGCUAGUGUAUGGAAACUAUGGUCGUCAGGAGGAUCUGGAUGUUCUGCAGAAGAAGAGUGUUGAGCUGAAAGACAGUGUGCUGCUUCUCAGAAGUGGAAAGAUCAGUUUUGCAGAGCAGGUGGAUAAUGCUGCAAAAAAGGGGGCCUCUGCUGUUCUUAUCUACCCUGACAUUCAAGAUUACAAGUAUCUAGCGGACACAGCACUGUAUGGACAUGUCCAUCUGGGUUCAGGCGACCCUUACACACCUGGAUUCCCCUCCUUCAACCACACCCAGUUUCCCCCAACUCAGUCAUCUGGCCUUCCCAAAAUCCCAGCCCAGACCAUCACUGCCAACAUGGCUUUUGGUCUUCUACAGAAAAUCGAGGGCCCUGAAUCAGAUGUGAGCAGUGGUUUUAAAGGAGGCUUCAAAUCUGUGUCAUACAGCCUGGGAGGCAGCAAGAACAUCACCGUGGAGGUGAACAACGUGCUGGUAAACAAGGAGGUCCAUAAUGUGUUUGGAAUCAUCAAAGGAUUCACUGAUCCUGAUCGCUAUGUUGUACUGGGAGCUCAGAGAGAUGCCUGGGGUAACGGUUAUGCCAGAGCCACUGUUGGCACCUCCGUACUGAUGGAGCUGGCCAAGGCUGUCUGUGAGAUGGUGGAGAAAGAUGGAUUCAGGCCGAGGAGAAGCCUAGUGUUUGCAAGCUGGAGUGCUGGAGAGUAUGGGAAUGUUGGCGCCACUGAGUGGUUGGAGGGUUAUAUGUCCUCUAUUGACAAAAAGGUUUUCACUUACAUAAGCCUGGAUGGAGUGGUUCUGGGUCGAGGGAACUUUACGACCUCAGCUAGUCCUCUGCUCUACAGCCUCAUUGAAAAUACAAUGAAAGAGGUGAAUAGUCCUCUCGGUUUAGGCUCUGUGUAUGACAUGGUGGGAAGAAAAAACUGGGAGGCCAUACUGAAGCCGAUGGCGAUAGAUGACCCUGCCUAUCCCUUUUUGGCCUUCUCUGGAAUUCCCUCUGUCUCUUUCCACUUCAUCUCCCCCAAUACUGAGUCUUACAGUUACUAUGGCACCAGCCUUGACAACAUGGAUCACCUCAACUACCAAACCAACCAGCGCACUGCUGAAAUGACGGCAGUGGCGGCGCAGUUUGCCGGCCAGAUGGCUCUGCGACUGGUCCACGAUCACGUGCUCAAUCUGGACGUGAGCCGAUACAGCAGCGUCCUCUACAAGGCUGUGGUCAGAGUCUACAGACGCAUCAACCAGCUCCUACGGUCUGGUCAGCUGAAGGACGUGAGCCCCAACUGGCUGAGCCGUGCACGGGGCUCCUUCCAACGAGCCGCUGACGACAUCAACCGAGCUAUCGUCAACACUGAUCUAAGUGACAAGGAGGCCUGUCGCAUCCUCAACGACAGGAUCAUGGCGGUUGAGCACACCCUCCUCUCUCCGUAUGUGUCCCCUGUUGAGACUCCUUUCCGUCACCUCCUGCUGGGCCGGGGCUCCCACACUUUGGCGUCCAUCGCCGAGACCAACGACAUGGAGCAGCUCCACAUCCAGCUGGCCUUGGCCACCUGGAACCUGCAGGGGUGCGCUAACGCCAUGGUGGGAAACAUCUGGGACAUCGACAACGAAAUCUAAAAGUGGGGGUGCGGAGAUGUGAGCAUUGGUUGUGACGUUUGUGUGUGUGUCUGUGGUUAUAGUGAAAUUUGUGGUGAAUUGUAGAGCGGAGGGAGGAGCUCCAAUAUCAGCACUUAAGCACAAGCUGUCUAUCAGUGGUCCCACCCUUUAGAUACAGGCUUAUUAUGAAGUGUUUUGUGGGAAACAGAUUUUCUGUCCCAAAAACAUCAAGGAGGAGAAAGAACAGUAUUUAAAAGUAUCCAAAAAAAAAAAAAAAAACGCAAACCAAUACUUGAAGGAAUGAAAUGCCUCUAACAAAUCGCCUCCUCCGGGCCCCACCCCAACAUAACACGCCUGUCUGAGCUUUUGCUGUGACCUCUUGCCAUCAGAACACUGAGAAACUUUAUUUAUACUUUAAGUUUUUUUUAUCAGUGGCAGUGCCCACUAUAAAGCUAUUGUUUGUCUUUUUAUACAACGUUAUCGGAAGCAGUGCCUUCCAUAAUUAUGACGGUUAUACUGUCUGAUCCUACGGCAGCAUCUGCUACACAAACAACUCCUCAACUGUUGCUGACAAAAUGGAGCCCUCUGGUAAAAUUAGAUUUUUCUUUUCUGGCCUUCAUUUCUUCCUCAUGUGUGGAGAUAGGAGUAUGCACCAUUGAAACUAUCUGUGGUGCUUCAAAUUUCUCAUGCAAAUGGUUAUUUUAAAAACUUAAAAAGGGGGAAAUUAAGGGCAGGAAAGUGGAAAGUUUCCUGAUUUAGCUUCAGGAAAUAUUUUGAUUUAUCUGUCAAAACUAGAUUAAGAGAUUAUAUUAGAUUUUCUUUAUUUACCACAAGCCCAGAGAUAAAUUAAGUGUUUAACUUGAUUUAUUUUAUGCUUGCUGGCAGGAUGGAUACUAAAUUAAAAAGAAAAAAAUUGCACAACAAGCCAAUAAUGUUAUAAAACUCCCCUUUUGAUUGAAUUAACAACUGAGCUGAUUGGUUACAUAAUUUGCGAGAAAGCCAUUUAUGUUGCACAGUCUACUUUGGAGCAGUUCACAAUGUGAUAAAAGUUAUCGGGAGCAGUGCCUUCCAUAAUUAAAACCCAUUAUCGGAAGCAGUGUCUUCCAUAAUGACAAGCAGUGAUGGUAGUUUUUGCCUACCAGUGUGUGUGUGUGUGUGUGUGUGUGUGUGUGUGUGUGUGUGUGUGUGUGUGUGUGUGUGUGUGUGUGUGUGUGUGUGUGUGUGUGUUUUACAGUACAUGUGUAUUUAUCGGGAGCAGUGUCUCUCAUAUUUCACUUUGAAGGGUGGAACAACUUAUCGGGGACAGUGUUUCCCAGAGUUUUAUACUUGACAUAUUUAUUUUGUUUUGUCUUUUUUUUUCGAAUUAUGUGUAUGUGUGUGUGAUGAAGGCACAGUCCUCCUGAUCUCUGGUGUGUGUUUCUUCUGAUUUCUUCUGUUUUGCCUGCCAUACUGUGGUCUUAACCCAACAGAUUCUGAUAAGCCCCAUUCCGACAGGAUUAACAUCACAGAGGGAGCUGAAAUAUUCACAGUUCUCCUCAAAAAUGUAACUCAUUGUUCUUGACAGCAUUAUAACCAUCUGGAAAUGGCAGGAAAUGGUCUCAAAAGCCUCCAAAGGGGGUGCAUGAGAGCUGAAAGGGAGGCAAAAAUACUGUUGAAACAAAAGUCACUAAGUCUUAUAGUCAUGAGUCACCCCACCCACCUUUUAAAGAAAUAAAUACACUCUGAAUGGGGCUUCAGAUUUCAGUUUUGUUUUGCAAUCAAGCAGCUCAAUACACAAGCACAGAAAAGGAUAUCUAAAUGCACUGCAUUCAUUAUUGUUAGCAACAAGUUGUGUUAUCUCCAAACCUUACUUUCUUUUGUUAGUGACUUUAAAAUCACCACAGAUGCUGUUCUACAUAUGAAUUCAUAUCAAUUCACUUUUUGCAUGUGUUUCAAUGCUAUGUUUCCAUGUAACUGCAUGUUACUAUUGUUUUACUGAGGUGUAGCUCAAACGACAUGGAUCAUAUUAUAAACAUUUCAAACCAAUAAUAUAAUUUUCUAUGUAGCUGCUGAUGGCUGACAUCUGAUUUGACCAUUUUCUUCCCAUAAAACACAGAAUUGGAUUAUCAGGCCUUUAAAACACCAUUAAGAGGAACACAACAGCAUAAACUAUAAUAUAAAACCUAUAACUCCUAUCGAAAAAGGAUAAAUGUUAUCACAUAGCUAAAACUUGAUGUAGCUUUACUCGGCAAGGAACCUGGAUCUUCUUAGUAGGAGACAUGUUGAAAGAGCAUGAACUACAUUUAAAAUCUGCUUCAUUUGAUAUUUACUCAUGUCAGUUCUGUUGAGCUUGUUACUGUUUUACUUUCCUGCAUCUGUUACAAGAUUCAAAAGAAAAUGUGUGAAUGUGUGAGGUAGCUAGGGAGCAGAUUUCCCACUCACUGUGUUGCUUAAAAAUGUAACUGUAGUGUAUCAAAACCUGUUCAGUAUGAUUUCUGUACUCAAAAAGUUUCUAUGAUCUCCUUGUUCUGCAGAAAAGAGUAAUAAAUCCUCUGGCUUAGCAUCCA